CUCCUCCGUCUGUAACACUUCCUGUCAUUUUAACGUUCCCGCCUCCUCCUCCUCCUCCUCCUCCGUUCCCGCCUCCAGGAAACAGAACAGUGAGCAGAUCUCAGUCUUUAUCUCAUGAAGCUUUUUUAAUUGAAUUAAAACUCGUUUUUUUUAAUGUGAAAAUCUUGUAAAAAGAUAUUUUCUGAUAUUUCAGAGCAUAGAUAUCUGGAAGAAAGGCUAGAUGACUCUAUGAGGCGGAGUCACUGGCGUCCCAACACGGCGGCCAUCUUACUCCAGUAUACCACUCUGGUUCUCUCUAUGGUAGCGGACUGAAGGUGAGUAAAUCUACAUCAUCUAAAAUCCUCUUAACUCGCUGAAAUCUCGGCAGAUUUACAAACGGUUUAGUUUAUUACAGACCUUAAUAACGUGGCGGUGAGUCAGGAUGUUUGGACAGAUUAAAAUGACAGAUUUACUUUGAGAAAAACAAAAAGACUUAAUCAUGAAGCACAGUUGUUUCACGGCUAUUUGUGUGCAAUGGCUAACUUUGAGUUGCUUUACGGGAGUUAUCAAGGCUGAGACCACAAUCAAGAUUUUAAUUUCUUGUAUGACAGCCUGUUAUUAAUUUGUUUAUUUAUUUAGUUGGUUAGUUAGUCAAAGUGUCAGUCUUUGUGGAUGUGUUUGUGUUUAUCAGCUGUCUAACUUGUCUAACAGACUCUCUGUGACUGAGACCAAAGUUACAAAGUUGACCCAGUAAUUUGACAUCAGUUAAAGAGGCAGAAAUGCUCUUUAGAUUCAACAAAACUGAAGUUACACAUGAUUUCUAAACUGUUUGGUUUGUUAAAAACAUCUCAAAUGGAAACAUGAGGCAGAAAUUUAUACUGAAUAUAAAUAUUUAUAUAUGUUAUUGUUAUAUGUUGUUAUAGUUAUCCCUAUAAUAGAAAUGUGACUAAUAUAACAUACAAACGUUUUAUAUAUAAAUGAUUUAAUAUAACUGCCUUGUGUGUGUAGAUCUAUAGCUAUUGAUCUACCUAUCUGUUUAAUGUUUAUUUAUGUAAAUCCAUGGUUAAAAUUAUUCUUCAGUAAACAGGAACAUAACUGAAACUCUGAGGUUUGUUACAAACUAAACCGUUGGAAAAUCAGUUUAAAAUUAAUCAAUCUAUGGUUAUUUAAAUGUUACAUGAACCGUAGACUGGAAUGGUAGGAGUGGUCGAGCUGCCUGUAGCAAGAUGGCCGCCAUGCUUGUACUCAGGUCUCCAUUGGCUAACAGUGUGCGUGAGCCAUCUAGCGUUUGUAUAUACAUCUACGUUUCCGGGAGCCCGUAAAAGCAACACAGUGUGGCGUCAUCACGUCUCUCUGUCUUGUUGUUGCUAUGGAAACCUUCAACCGUCCAACAGAGACUACGGACAAACUUCAUGAAGAGUUUAUUUCUGCUGUGAGUCUGAGUGAGUCAAACAUCAGAGGUUUGUGGUUUUUAAUGUGUUUUUAUUGUUUGUCGUUAUAAACGUUCACAGAUGGUUAUUUUAACAGCUGAAUACUCACCGUUACACUAACCGUUACACUCACAGUUAAACUCACUGUUACACUCACAGUUAAACUCACUGUUACACUCACAGUUAAACUCACUUCACGGUGGAGUUUAACACGUUUCUAUAUCAUGACUUUGUUUGGAGAUGUUCAUGGUCUCUUAGUCAUUUAAUUAUCUUUAAUGAUAUGUUUCUUCUUUUACGACAGAGGGAAACAGUUUUAGAGCUGACUGAGAGGAACUGGAUGAAGGUGGAGAGACGAUGGAGGGAGACGACAGACAGACCAUGGAGCUGGAGGACACCCUCAGAGACAGGUACUCUGAUUUGAUUUAUUGAACCUUUUUUAACCAGGUUUGUCCCUCUGAGAUCUAAACCCUUUAACUUCAGAGUUAAAAACCGUCACAGACUUAAAUUCAGUCUGAAGAUUAUUCCACAGGGGGGGGGCAGAGAACCUGAAAACCUUCUUUCCCAUUUCAGUUCAGACUCUGGGGACAACGAUCUGUCUACAUCUCAGUGAUCUCAGGUUGUGUAAUCCGUCCUUUAAGAUCAGUAAGGAGGAGAGAAUGUUUUUGUAAAUGAAGACGUACUAAACAGCCGGGGUUCUGCCAGAGAGAGAAUUCACAGAACCACCCGACUGCUUUAACCUUUAAGACGGUCUAAUAAAACACAGAGAUCCACGGUGUCAAAAGAGAGAAAGACAAAACUACGAAGGUUCGAUCUUUAUUCUCAGUAAACCAAAAUGACUCGUCAGAACAAACAAAAGGACGAGUUAACAGACGUCAGCGACAAAGUCUGAGAAGUAGGGAUGAAAACACAAAAUGGUCUUGGCCAUGAAAACGUUGUUCUAACUGACACCAGGGUCAUGAAUGAAAGAUAACACAAACAGACCGGACCUUCUCCACCUGCUGUCACUCAACAGUCCCACCCAGAACCUGGAGGAGGAUCUAAGUCCAGAGUCCUACAGAGUCAACUCUGCCAACGAGACACGAAUGUUAAAC